AUGGCCGGCCCCUCAAUUCAAGAUCGAACCAGCGAGUUCAGCUCUAUCCUUGGCCAAGCCCAGAAACGUCUCGGCACGUCGAAAGUUGGAUCGCAGCGACAGGCUUUGUUGACAGAGACCCAGAGACGACAGGCGAAUGGAUCACCAUCAGGAGCGCAGGAUGUGAAAGCUGGUCGCUCGGAGUUUGCGCGAAGGGCAAGAGACAUUGGAAAGGGGAUCACAGGAACAACAGCGAAGUUGCAGCGACUGGCAGAAUUGGCGAAGCGAAAAACGCUCUUUGACGACCGACCCGUCGAGAUCUCCGAGUUGACGUACGUAAUUAAGCAAGACCUGGCAGCCCUGAAUCAGUCAAUUGCAGGCCUACAAGCCUUAACUCAGGCGCAACACCCGAAAUCAAAUCGAUCAAAGACAGAUCAGGAGGGCGAGCACAACGAUAAUGUUGUUGUCAUGCUCCAAGGAAAACUGGCAGACGUAGGAUCUAGCUUUAAAGAAGUUUUGGAAGUACGGACGAAGAAUAUCCAAGCAUCUCGCUCAAGAACCGAAAACUUUGUCUCUUCUGUAUCGUCCAAGUCGCAGAACGCCCUCGAAUCCCAACGCUCCGACUCACCUCUAUACAACCCCUCGGGGAGACGUACCCCCCAGCCUGGAUACCAAGGAAAUUCAUCUGAUCUCCUGACCUUGGAUCCCUCAAACCCUUCGCCAUUGGGUCGCCCCUCUAUGCAAUCAGAUCAACAACUAUUGGUUAUGGAAGAAGCCCAAUCAAGCAAUACCUACGUCCAAGCCCGUGGAGAAGCCAUUGAGGCCAUUGAACGUACAAUCAGCGAAUUGGGUGGCAUUUUCGGCCAGCUGGCUCAAAUGGUUAGCGAACAGUCUGAGAUGAUCCAGCGUAUCGAUGCCAAUACAGAAGAUGUUGUAGACAAUGUGCAAGGUGCGCAACGAGAGCUGAUGAAGUACUGGACACGAGUAUCUGGAAACAGGUGGCUCAUUGCUAAGAUGUUUGGUGUUCUUAUGAUUUUCUUCCUUCUUUGGGUUCUGAUUUCUUAA